AUGUCUUCAGUGUCAAAUAAGGAUAUCGCUUUGUCGAUCAUUGACUUUUUAAAGCAAUCUGUUACUGAUAAAUCAAUUGCAGAAGACUACGUGGAGUCGAUGGAUGUUGCCAUUGAUUGUAUUGCUGAUGCAUUUGAAGUCGAUAAGGAUAGUACUGAUAAUAGCAAAUUUGGUGGAAAAUCGUUGAAGGAACUUUUGAGCGGAGCUGUCUCAAGUUCGGCUACUACCCAAGGUACAUCUCAAAAGACAGACCUGUCCAAUUCUGUGAAACCUUCAGAAAUCAUUGUGGAUGAAGAAACCAAAGCCAAGGCUGAUGCAUUGAAAGCAGAAGGAAACAAGUUCAUGGCAACCAAAGAUUACGCUGCUGCUAUUGAGAAGUAUACAGAAGCUAUUGGCUUAGAUCCAACCAAUGUUGUCUACCUUUCAAACAGAGCUGCUGCUUUUUCAUCAGCACAAAAACACCAGCAAGCUGUUGAAGACGCCAAAAAGGCCAUUGAAUUGAAUCCAAACUUUUCCAAGUCUUAUUCAAGAUUGGGUUUGGCCGAGUAUGCACUUGGUAAUCCUAAAGCAGCAAUGGAAGCUUACGAAAAGGGUUUAGCUGUUGAAGGUGACAACAAGAGCGAUGCCAUGAGAAAAGGUUACGAAACCGCAAAGAAAAGGGUCGAACAAGAUUUGGAAAAUUCUAUUUCAACUAGCGACAGAAGUGCAGGAGACAACGGAAAUGCAGGAUCAAAUGCCGGUGCUGGUGCUGGUGCUGGUGCUGGUGCUGGUGCUGGUGGUUUACCAGACUUUAGCUCCAUGUUUGGCGGUGCUGGUGGUGCUGGCGGUAUGCCAUCUUUAGCGGAUAUGAUGAACAAUCCGCAAUUGAUGCAAGCGGCUCAGCUGAUGUUGUCCAACCCAGAAGCUAUGCAAAAUAUCCUUAAUAACCCUUCAAUUCGUCAAAUGGCUCAAUCCAUGGGCUUAGGUGGCCCGGACGGACCUGAUUUGUCGAACUUGAUGAACAAUCCAAUGCUCAACCAGUUUAUGGGUGGAGGAGCAAGAGGUAAUGGCAAUGGUGAUGGCAGUAACGAGUCAUGA